AUGAGGGAGAGGAAACGUAUGCAAAGCAUCAACGAAGCAUUCGAAGGACUUCGACAUCAUAUUCCUACAUUACCGUACGAAAAAAGACUCUCAAAAGUAGACACUUUACGUUUAGCUAUUGGUUAUAUUGGAUUCCUAACAGAGAUUAUAAACUCCGAUGUUCGACACAACGAGAACCUCUGCAGCCGUCCUCGUAUCGAAAAACAGAAGAAAGUUAUGAUCCGUCAUAGAGGUCUAGGUAAGAGUUGAAUGUUCAAUUACUAAUACCUUUUUAUGUGCCUUUAUAUCGGAAUACAUUUACGUACUUAAAUAUUAUUGAAAUAAAAAUUCUGUGUGUAUUAUGUUUUUCUUAUCUUUGACUUUGUGAUUUUAAGACUUAGUUUGGUCAGUUGUUAUACCCCUCUGUAUGUUAAGUUUAGCAGAAAUUUAGUUGGCAUUUCUUUGUUAUACAUUUGUGUCAUCAGGUUAUUUUACGACUGAUAGAUGAUGUUCAAUGUAAUAUCAGUUUAGAGCGCGGUGACGGUAUAGUUUUUCUCAUCAAGUAAAUCACGGUUGAAUAAUGCGUAAUGAAAAAGUAUUAAUUAUAGUUUUCUUAAUAUUUCAGACGUACCAAAUGAAUUUGGCCUAUCACCUUUAAGAGGACAUUCGCUAUCAUGGACAGACAAAUCAAAAUCCAGGCAAAACACAAUAAUGACUGCCAAAGUAUGGACACCUGAAGACCCAAGACAAAAUAACACUUGUUCAGUUUCGUUUCAAAUGGCGUAUGAAUAGUCUAUAUUUGCGCGGGAAACACAUCAAUACAUCGACAUCAGUAAGAAAUGCUGCUAUGCUGCUAGUCGAAAAGUUGCUGAAGCAAAGAUUUAUGAUGGCUUGUCUCACAAUGCAUAUCAUAAACAAAACUUGAUUCAGAAGGGAAAUGAUAUACUAAUGUAUUCUAAAUAUGUACACGCAAAGGUGUUUUUGUAAAUGUAAAACGAUAGAUUUUUAAUAAAGCUCUUUUCACUUUUGUAAACAGUUUAUAUUUAUUAUUUUUCUUCAUCUGUUUGACUGUUCUCUUACCUCUGGGCCUGGCUAUUUGUGCGGUUUGCUACAUGUGCUGCUAUAGUUUCACCUGUCCUGUUUGCGACUACAUUAUAAUCAUUCACAGAGCAGCUUGUUAUGGAAAACAGUGUCAAUGACGAUUGGGGGAGGAUAAAAGCUCAAGAAUAGCAAAAGAACAACACAUUUAGCAACUUAACAAAUUAACUGCAGGUUUUUCUCCAAAGCUUGUGUAACUUCGGAACGUGCAGUCGAGUGCGUGAUAUUUGGCGCCAGAUUGCUACAUUGAGCCUGCACAAAAAGCUAGCUAAUAAGUAAAUUAAGUUUGUACAACUGUGAAUAUCUCAUUUUUGCUGUAUUCUAUUAAUUUUCUGUAAGGGAAACAUAGCUAGAAACUAAACAAUGCUUUUACAUCAACUUUAUUAUCAGAAAUUGUUCUCAUCACUGAGAGUGUAAACGGAAGAUAAAAAUAUAAGCACAGGCACCCAUGUGUUACUUCAAGGUCUUGAAAACAAUCGUAAGGUCAGCCCAUUGUCUUAAGGCAUUUAACAAAAGGCAAAAUUAAUCAAAAUUUGACUUUUUACCUUUUAGAAAAAACAAAUCACCUUCAAUGCAUUUAACUUACAAAAACAUCGCAGAGACUUUUAUUGAUUUGCCGCUGUUAUUUUGAAGCAUGAAAUAUAGCUUGAGGGCGACAUCAACAUGACAAUAAGAGAGAAUUAAAAAGGAAAAUGGGCAGCAGUUACUUAAGUGCAAAGAAAAAAGUUCAUAGAUUUUAGUAAUAAAGAAAUGACUAGGACAUAAAUGUAGAUUCACUUAUUCUCGGCAGCGAAAUGUCAAGCAAUUUUCUCACAAGUAAUAAGUUAGAAUUUUUUUAAGGCAUGUGCUCCUCUUUGUCAAUGCCAUUUUCUAAUUACUCAGCUUGGACUCACCUUAGAAAACCAACGAGUAUUAAUAUUGUAUAUAUCAUGAAAUUGUUCUCAAAUGUUUUGCUGAGCUAUAUACAAACUUUCAUAUUGUUUAUAUUAUAUAUAGGUGUUUAUCUCUCAGUUCAACUCGUGUGCUUCAAUGCGUUGCUUAGGUUUGUAACCCCGAACACAACGUGGCAUGAAUGGGUAGGUUUUCAUUGAGCACAUACAGCCACGCCGUUCAAGGCAUUAGCUUUCCUUUGUUUGGGCAAAUUCAAAUAGACUUAGCAGAUGUUCUAGCCACAUAAAAUAAAUUUUGAAUGAUAAUGAGCUUAAACAUGUGACAAACUUAAGAAAUCUUGGCAAAUUCGGCGAAUUUUUCGCAGCCAAACGCAGUUUUUUGCACUCGAAUCCGUUGGAAUUUGAGGUAUUUCCAUAAUUGGGACCCCCAAAAUCGAGCUGUUUUCCCAACUCGAGCAAGGAUAUUCGUGGCAGCGUUGUACGGCAAACAGUUUAAAGUUAAUUAAGGUUUAAGUUGGAUGCAUUGUCUCUUUGCAAUGUCAAUAGCAUUGAUGUAUCCUUUCAAUGCUUCUUUCAAUGUUUAGUAAACCCCAAGAGAAACGCCCAAUUGUGAUCACCUUGGUUCUUUCAUUUAUACACGUGCUUUUUACAUCGAGGAUUAUUAAUUAAUCUCUCCGUGUGGAGACACGAACCGAAAAAACAAAUUAAUAGAAUGAAAAAAUGCAGUUACCUCAACAACAGUCCAUAAGAGUCCUCUUCACUUCGUCUUCAUUUAGACAAA